AUGGUUGGUUUAGACUACAAAAGUGUGCAACGCAUGUGUGUCUGGCGUGUAGUAGCCUCGGAGAUCAGCAAAUCAUACGAGAACGACAUUUCCUGGUGGGGCACUACGUUUCUAUCUAACCAGAUUAAUUCAUUGCGAUCACUUGUCUGGGCUUUACUACUUUGUCCUCACACUUUGUGCUUAUACAUCUCUUCUCAGGAAUCUACAUUUCCUUCUUUUAAAAAAGCUUACAAAUACCAACUGAACGGAUCCUUAGGGACCAGACAUGAUUAUUCAAUGAUGGCAAAAAAAGGCCACGACUUGUGGUCCGGUAGAAACAAAAUGUCGUCUCCCACCAGGAAAUGUCGUGCCCCUAAAAAUCUGCAUUAUCGAGAUAUCAAAAAAAAAGACAAAGUGCGUACAAUUGUUGAUCGGGUAAUUUUGAUUCUCUAA